AUGAUCAAAGAAAAUUCUGCUGCUGUUUAUUUAGCUGCAUUAUCAUUAAAUGAUAUAAUUGUAUUAAUAUUUGCAUUAAAUAGAGAUUUAUCACGUGUAUGGCAAAUACGUGAAUAUUUAUUACCUGGUUCAUGUGAAAUACAAAAUAUUUUAUCACCAGCUGUACAAUAUGCAUCACCAUUAUUUGUACUUGCUUUUACUAUUGAACGUUGGUUAGCUAUAUGUAAACCAUUUUAUAUUGAUAGAAUAUGUAGUUCAAAAAGAGCAAUUUAUAUAUGUAUCAUUAUUAUCAUUAGUACAAUCAUAGUUUGUUCUGGUUAUGCAUAUAUAUUUAUAACAGAAACAAAUACAUGUAGUAAACGACAUAUUAAUCCAUUAAUUAUAAGUGUAUAUUUAUCAUGUUUAGAAGGUGUAUUUGCUGGUGUUGUACCAUUAUUAGUAUUAAUAUUUAAUUGUUUAGUCAUUAAAGAAUUAGCUAAAGUUCAUCAUGCUAAUAAACAAUUAGCUAUUAUGUCAAAUCAUUUAUCAUCAUCAUCAUAUUGUUCAACAUCUCAAUCAAAUAUAAUAAAUAAUAAAAAUUCACCAAAACCUUCAUAUACUACUACUACUACUCAUAAUAAUAAUAAUCACCAUGGAAAUAAAAUUAAAUUAUAUUUUAAAAAUAUUUUCACUAAGCAACUAUCAUCAAAUUCAAUAAAAUCAAAUAAAAAAAUUAAUAAAAAUUCAUUAAUAUCAAAUGAAAAUUCAUUAAAUUUUAUUCCACAAUAUAAUUCAAUCAAUUCAAUCAAUCAUAAUAAAUCAAUAAUCAAUGAAAAAUCAAUAAUUUCUAAUCGUAAUGAUAAUAAUGAAUUAAUUCAUAUAAAUUAUAAUGAUUCAUAUAAAAUUUCACAUAAUAAACGUACUAGUCCAAGUUUUAAAUCAACAACAUUAAUGCUUUUAACAGUUAGUUUUUAUACAAUUUUAACAACAUUACUUGGUGGUCUUGUUUAUUUAAUUCAUCAAACACAAGAAGAGCCUAAUAUGAAUGCAACAGAAAAAGAAGCUUUAGAAGAUCCUAUUUGGAAUCAAUAUUUCAAAAUGAUUACUAUUAAAGCAUUUGGUGAUGAGAUUGCAUUAUCACAUUAUGCAUUUAGUUUUAUUAUUUAUUAUGCAACUGGUUGUAAUUUUCGUCAACGUGUUUGUCGUUGUCAUAAAUUAAUGAAACUUGGUAUAAAUGAAGAAAGUGAUAAUAAUAAUAAUAUACCAUCAAUUACUCGUCGUUCACAUAAUCGUUUAUUAACUAAUCAUGAUAGACAAGAUGAUCUGGAUUUUACAAUUCAUACAUCAUCACAAUAUCGUCAAUCAAAAAAAUUGAUUGAUUAUCAAAAAUCAAUUGAAAUGGAUCAAUCUAUAGAAUCAAAGUAA